CACCGCACAAGUCUGCAUCUAACGGCUCUGAUUCGAUAGCCGACUUGCCGUCUCUCGUAUAUAAACCCUCAACAUCGAAUGCCGGAGGCCUCGGCUAGGGUUUAAUCCGCAGCGGACGAGGCAAGAAUAAGAUGGGGAAGGGAACGGGAAGCUUCGGGAAGCGGAGAAACAAGACCCACACCCUCUGCGUCCGCUGCGGCCGCCGGAGUUUCCACCUUCAGAAGAGCCGAUGCGCCGCCUGCGGCUACCCCUCCGCUCGGAUCCGCAAAUAUAACUGGAGCGUCAAGGCGAUCCGGAGGAAGACGACCGGGACCGGGAGGAUGCGGUACCUCCGCCACCUCCCUCGCCGCUUCAAGAGCAACUUCCUUGAAGGUACCCAAGCGACUCCGAGGAAGGCGGCAGCGGCCUCUAUAUCUUCUUAAUGCACGAAAAAUUGUGAAACUUUAUUUGCAAAAUUUUGUGAUUUUCCGUGAGUUAGCUGAAACCUUGCGAGUGCUAGCUAUUGUUUGGGUUUCUUUUUAAUGAGCAUGUGAUUAUGGAUUAAGUCUUCUGAUUUGAGAUUUACUGAAUGAAGGUAGUAUUGCUUCUUUAAUUCUAUAUGCACACAAUUGGGAUGUUACGACUUA